CCGUUUAAGUAAUUAUAGCGAAUCAAGCAAUGUUUCCAUGGCAUGCUCGGAAAGCAUUUAUCGGCUUUUUCACAUGCCAUCACGUUGGGCGGCUGAAAAUCCAGCGGAAAAUAACUAAACACACGCGUACAAGCCCUCGCGCCUAUAUAUAAAACUCGAUGCAGCUUUUCCGCUCCUCGCUGCCUGCAAGAAGUAACUAAUUCCCAGUUUCCCACAUCUCCUUAAUUUCCAGUGCAAGGGCAGCCUGAACCCUCGCUUAAUCCAAUGGAAGUUCGACGAGUUCUAUACAUGAAAGGAGGCGUUGGCGACGAAAGCUACGCCAGGAACUCCACCAUGCAGGGCACCAUACUGUCGUUAACGAACACCGUGGUGCAGGAGGCGGUCACGGACAUGUACUGCACUACCUUCCUCAAAAGCAUCGCCGUCGCUGACUUGGGCUGCUCCUCGGGGCCCAACGCGUUGCUCGUGGCCUCCGAGAUCAUCGAGACGGUGAAGCGGAAGUGCCGCCAGCUGCGCCGCCGGCUGCCGGAGUUGAGUCUGCUGCUUAAUGACCUUCCAGGGAACGACUUCAACACCAUCUUCAGAUAUCUGCCUGAAUUCUACCGGCGGAAGGGGCUGAACCAAGGGAACGGGACAACGCAUGGGCGCUGCUUCGUGUCGGCGGUGCCUGGCUCAUUCUACGGGCGGUUGUUCCCCAGCAAGAGCUUGCAUUUUGUGCAUUCCUCUUCCAGCCUCCAUUGGCUCUCUCAGGUGCCUCCUGAGCUUCAAAGUGAAUCCAACAUGCCACUGAACAAAGGAAAGAUCUUUAUUUCCAAGACAAGUCCUCCUUGUGUUUCAGACGCAUACGCAAAGCAAUUCCACAGGGAUUUCUCAUUGUUUCUGAAGUGCCGUUCCGAAGAAAUAAUCACAGGAGGCCAAAUGGUGCUAACAUUUAUGAGCAGGAGAAGUUCAGACCCUGUAGUUGAGGAGCAUAGCUACCUUUGGGAACUGUUAGGGCAAGUCCUCAUUGACAUGGCCUCAGAGGGCCUUAUUGAAGUGGAGAAGGUAGAUUCCUUCGAUGCUCCCUUUUGUACACCAUCUCCAGAGGAGCUGAAGCAUGAGAUUGAAAGUGAAGGCUCAUUUGCCAUUAAAAGCCUAGAGCUCUUUGAAGCAAGCUGGGAGGCAGCACACAACCAUCAAAAUUGUUAUAACAAAGCCACCAAAGAGAAGGAUCCUAUGCUUGAGGAGCUAAGCACUGCCCAACGCAUAGCUAAGGGAAUUCGAGCAGUGACCGAGUCCAUGCUAGAGAGCCAUUUUGGAGAGGCUAUGAUUGAAGAUAUCUUUUCGAGGUACUGUAGACAUUUGGAGGACUAUUGCUCUAGUAAUGACACCAAGCUAUUCAACAUAGUGAUUGCCAUGGUAAGGAAGUAGAAGAAUCUCUGUACGGUAAGCUUGCAUACCUUGGAUCUAUUGAUAAACAUGAGUGUCAUCAGUUGGUAGUAUGUAUUCAAUU